AUGGGGUCCACAACAAAUAACAGCUGUGAUCCAAGGAGCUGUGCUGCUAGUUCUUUAGAAAUGUUUUUUAUGAUCACCUUCACUUUGCUCCUCUGCCUUUUUGGAUUUGUGGGAAAUGGGACGGUCAUCUGGCUCCUGGCAAUCCGCAUCAGGAGGAAUCACUUCACCACCUACGUCCUGAACCUCGCCAUUGCUGACUUUGGCGUACUCACUGCUGUAGUUGCUAUUGAUUUGAAUUGGAUUGUAUGUAAGUCGUAUCCCUUGCAUUUUGAGCUUCUACGGUCAUGGUUUUACACUGGCUUCCUAUUCACGUACAGUGCUAGCCAGCUUCUCCUGACGGUCAUCAGCAUUGACAGGUUCGUGUGCAUCUUUUUCCCCAUUUGGUAUCGCUUCCAUAAGCACAAACACCUGUCCGGCAUCAUGUGCACCGCAAUAUGGAUCCUUGCCUUUGUGUCUUCUGGAAUUCACAUCACGCUCUUGCUAACUGGGAUAUAUUGUAAUCUAAGCUCCUACCAGUUUCUUGCCAUUGCCCUGCUCUGCACCCUGUUAAUGUCCCUCUCCACCGUAACCCUGUCCAUGAAGGUCUACUUAAAACCACAUGAGUGUAAGCGGGGGAAACUUAUAAUGGCCAUCUUGCUUACACUCCUCUUCUUUCUCCUCCUUGCUAUCCCAAUGGAUGCUGUUCAGUUCAUGGCCCUGUUUCAUAAAGAUCCCUACCUCCUAGAAUAUGCAUUCAUAUGUGCUUCUCUUAACAGCACAGUUAAUCCUGCGAUUUAUUUCCUGGUAGGAAGGAAGAAGAGUCAUCAUUCCCGGGAGAGAAUUAAGAGUAUACUUGAGAAUGUUUUAAAGGAGGAGGGAGACAGCAAAGGGGACUUGGAAUUCCCCAGUGAAAAGAAAUAUUGA